AGUCCAUGCCUGAUUGUAGUCUAUGAUUACGAAUGACGGAAUCCUUAUAGAAAAUAUAUCCUUAUGUUGACAGUCGAUAUGGUGAUGAAAUAAUCUGGCAAUCUGUUUUUAUUUAAUCUUGUGUGUGUGUUAAUCUAGAAGAAUAAUCUAGAUCUAGUUUCUUUCAGUGUAGAUCUAGGUGCAGAAAUGAAGCUUUAUUCAGACAAGGGUAAUUUUCAAACUCUGAAAAUAUCAAUUGCAGCCAGAUUAACUGGAACUGCAUCGGAGAUUCUUGCUAUUGAAGUAGGACACAAUGAUAUUGUUGCUCCAUUUCUAAGUAAAUCAAAGCUCCCUGUAUUAGAAGUAGCUGAAGGCAAAUAUUUAUUUUCUGCUAACACAGCUGCAAAAUAUCUAUUUUUGAAAGCAGGUCAGGUGAAAAAGGAAGAAGCUGAAGAUGAAAUUUUAGAAUGGGAGAAUAAUGAACUACUUCCCCUUAUAGCUACGUAUUUAAUCAACAUCAUUGGCCAAGGAAAGAAAGAGUCUAGUGUAUCAGAUUCACUAUUGAAAACACUCCACCAGCUAGAGUCCAAGCUAACAAAGACUAAAUAUCUACUUGAUGAUACACUUUCUAUAUGUGACGUCUGUGUGUUUAGCUCAAUCUUUCCAUUAUUUAGUCUUAAAAAUCAAGAAGUGCUUUCAAAGUUACCAAAUACCAAACGCUACUGUGAAGAUGUGAAAAAGAUUCAGGCUGUACAAGAUGCAAUAUCAGAAUUGACUGGAGGGGCUGGCCCUGAAGUUUUUAAAGCAUCACUACUGUCUCAGAGGUUUCCUUUGCUUCCUUCUUCUAUUGUUGAUCGUCAAACUUCAGGAGCAGCAGUGGCAACUCCAGAUGCUUCUGGUGAUCAGAUACCUGAAGUCAAACUUUCUCAAGCAGAUUUGGAAUCAGCUCGCACAUCCUGGGGGAAGAAACCUGAUGAUGUUGAGCAGCCAAGGCCCAGAAUCCAUCCUAUUUUACCAGAUCCACAAAGAAGAAAUAUUCUUGUGACCAGUGCUCUCCCUUAUGUCAACAAUGUCCCUCACCUUGGUAACAUAAUUGGUUGUGUGUUGAGUGCAGACGCAUUUUCAAGGUUUGCUCGGCUGAGAAAUUACAAUGUGCUGUACAUCUGCGGGACAGAUGAGUAUGGUACAGCCACAGAGACAAAAGCAAUGGAAGAAGGUGUGACUCCAAGGGAAAUCUGUGACAAAUACAACAAGCUCCAUGUCCAGAUCUACAAAUGGUUUAACAUUGACUUUGACUACUUUGGAAGAACAACCACAGAUCAACAAACAGAAAUAGCCCAAGAUAUAUUUUGGAAACUGUAUCACAAUGGCUAUGUUCUGAAAGACAGUGUAGAUCAGCUCAAGUGUACCAAGUGUGAUAAAUUUUUAGCUGAUAGGUUUGUGGAAGGAAUAUGUCCACUGUGUGGGUUUGAUGAUGCUCGUGGGGAUCAGUGUGAUGCUUGUGGUAAACUGAUCAAUGCUGUAGAACUCAAGUCUCCCAAGUGUAAGAUCUGCAAGAGCUCACCUGUGAUACAGACGUCCAAUCAUUUGUUUGUUGAUUUACCAAAGUUGGAACCACUUCUCAGCAGUCAUCUCAAUGGUGCAUUUGAAUCUGGUACCUGGACUAACAAUGCCAAAAUGAUCACAAACUCUUGGAUACGAGAUGGGCUGAAGCCACGCUGCAUUAGCCGUGACCUGAAGUGGGGAACACCUGUGCCACUGGAGGGCUACACUGACAAGGUGUUCUAUGUGUGGUUUGAUGCCCCCAUCGGCUACAUCAGCAUUACCGCUAACUACACCUCUGAGUGGAAGCAGUGGUGGAAAAAUCCACAGCAGAUUGAGAUGUACAACUUCCUAGGGAAAGACAAUGUUCCUUUUCACAGUGUGAUAUUCCCUGCCUGCCUCUUGGGCACCAAUGAUGGCUACAGUGUGGUCAAUCACAUGGUAGCUACAGAGUAUCUUAACUAUGAAGAUACUAAAUUUUCCAAAAGCCGAAAUUCUGGGGUGUUCGGAGAUCAAGCAGAAGUCACAGGUAUUCAAGCAGACAUCUACAGGUUUUAUCUUCUCUUUGUCAGACCUGAAUCUCAGGACACAGCCUUCAGCUGGGAUGACUUUUUACUGAAGAACAACAGUGAGCUGUUGAAUAACUUGGGAAACUUUAUCAACAGAGCUCUGAUGUUCCUGCAUAACAACUUCAAAGGAAUAGUUCAAGAAAUGUCUGUUACAGAUGAGGAUGUAGAACUAUUGGCACAGAUUACAAACCAGCUGAAGGGUUAUAUCAGCAAUCUUGAGGCUUGCAGGUUACGUGAUGGCAUCAGAAACAUUUUAACUAUAUCAAGACUGGGCAAUCAGUACAUGCAAGUGACCAAACCAUGGGUUUUGUCCAAAGGUUCUCCUGAAGAAAUUAAACGAGCUGGUUCUGUGAUUGCCUUGUGUGCCAAUGUGGCAUGUCUGCUGUCAGUGCUGCUCCAGCCUUACAUGCCCACCACCAGUGCUGUCAUACAGCAGCAGCUUCAGGCCCCAGCCUCUGUCAACUAUAUUGGUGGAGAGUUUGUUCCCAUGUUACAGCCUGGGCAUCAGAUUGGACAGCCAAGUCCCUUAUUUCAAAAACUUGAAUCUGCCACUAUGUCAGAACUUAAAGCCAAGUUUGCUGGCAAACCAGAAGAAAAAACUAAGAAACCAAGCAAAAAAGGGGAAAAAGCACAGCCAUCAAACAAUGUUGUAACCACAGAGGAUUUCAGCAAACUGAGUAUUUCUGUAGCUAAUCAGGGGCAGAAAGUAAGAGAGUUGAAGGCAGCAAAGGCAGAUAAGUCUGUCAUUGACAAGGAAGUGGCUUAUCUACUCCAACUGAAAAAAGAUUUAGAAGCAGCCCAGGCUGCAGUACCAAAGAAAGAAUCCCAGUCACUUUCAGCAGAACAGUUGGCUCAGGCUGUGAGUCUACAGGGUCAAAAAGUUAGAGAAUUAAAAGCAGCCAAAGCAGAGAAGUCUGUCAUUGACAAGGAGGUGGCUUGUCUUCUGCAGCUCAAGAAAGACCUGGAGUCACAGAAGGAAUCUCAGCCAGCUGUGGCAGUUGUUGAGCAGUCAACCUGCGUUAAUAGUGCUGGUGGUGAUGCUGGUCUAAUAGAGAAGUUAACCCAGGCAGUAGCUGUACAGGGUAACAAGGUCAGAGAUCUUAAGGCUGCCAAGGCAGACAAGUCUGUCAUCGAUGCAGAAGUUGCCAGUCUACUCAAACUUAAAAAAGAAUUAGAGUUGGCAGGAGGAGUGACUGCUGCACCAGCAACCAAGAAUUCUAGCAAAAAAAACAUGAAGAAGUGAUUUAAAGGCAGCAGACGCAGUGAAUGUAUUUAGGUAGUUGUGAAUAACAGGUUUACCUGGUUAGGUUAUUUUUUUAUUGACUAGAAACUCUUUAAGGUUUUAUUUAGAUUAGUAACAAAAGGUUUAAUCCUUUUUUUUAGCAUAUUAAUUUUUGUUAUGAAUUUACCAUUGAUCAUAUAUAGAUUUAUAGACUGGAUAAGGUUUAUGGCUUGGACUUAUAACCCGUAACUGUUGUCUCCCUUGUUGUUUUAGCCGCUUUGCAGCAGCACUAGAGUUUCCUCUCCGGGGCGCAUCAUAAGGUUUAUAUGUAAUUAUAAAAAAUGCACACAAAAAAUAUUUAUCUAUCAAUUAGAAGUAUUGCUGAGAUGUGGUAAGCCUACAUGUUUCCAUAUAAUGCCACUAUGUAAUUUCCAAUUGUAUAUGGCUACUUAUUCUUGAUAUAUUAUUGCAAAAUAUAGUAACUAGUGUUUCAGGUUUACAUCUGAAGAUCACAAGCUUUGAAUGAGGACCUGAUUAACAUAAUUGUUAAGGAUGUUCUUAAUGAAUAUAGAAAGCCUAAUAAAUUUAGAAAUAAAACAUUUUUUGUCCAGUCUAUACAUUUCUAGGGUCAAUGGAAUGAGUUUAUUGUAAUGUUAAAACACU